UCCCAUGAUGGUGGCCUACCCGGGGGUGGUGUCCUGUGAUGCAGAGACCUGCGCGGCCUCUCGCCUGCCCAGCUACUGCUUCAGAGCGUUACCAAAGAGAAACUUGAAAGGCGUUAUCAGUCCCACCACUGUCUAUCAAUACGUGGGGACCACCGAGAAGCAACAACGUGACGUGGGCGUUGCCGAGGAGAGGUCACCCUAUGGUCCCUUGCUGGGUCGGGAGGCAGAGAUUGACCGCUUUGAAUGCUGCUUGGAGGCCUAUGAGCAUUUGGAAGAACCACACGUCCUGGCAUUUGUGGGCAUGCCAGGCUCUGGAAAGAGCCACUUACUUGCCGAGCUGGCCAUUUUAGGCCGGGCUGCUGGGCACAGGGUCAUUGCUGUGGAACGGACAGAGGAGAACUUGAAGCAGCCCUUCUCUGCCAUCCAUCUGCUGGUGGCCAGGGCACUGGGUCUCCAGUUUCCCAUCACAGACGAGGUGUGCAGGAUGCGUCACACUGAAUGGAACAGUGCGUUCCACCUGACUUGUACGCAAGUGCUACAGAAGGUGCUUGGAGGGGAAUUUGGCAUAUUUUUCGUCAACAACGCCCACUUCGUGGACUCUGAGUCCUGGUCUAUCAUGUGGCCCCUGCUCCAAAGCAUCACGGUCCUUAUGGUCAUGAGCUUAGCUCUGGGCCAUGACAGAGCAGAGGACAUUUUCAAAGCUGCCACAGACAGCACAACAUCGGAGAGAAUCACCUGUCUUCGUCUGGAAGGGCUGAAAGCUUCAGACAUGGUGCGGAAAGCCUGCCAGGAGCUUGGAGUGCGCAGCAUCCCCAGGGAGCUGGCAAGGUAA